AUGGAUGCUGCUAUCGAUCUUACGGACCGCUCCAAAGCUUUGGAUCUGAAUAACAUUCGUGCACAGCUCAUCCGCCUCGAAGACACAAUCACAUUCCACCUAAUUGAACGAGCCCAAUUCCCCGUCAACAAAACAAUCUAUGUCGCCGGCGGCGUCCCCAUCCCCGGCAGCAACCUGAGUCUUAUGGACUAUCUGCUUCGCGAGCAAGAAAAACUCCAAUCCCGAGUGCGCCGCUACGAAUCACCAGAUGAGCAUCCAUUCUUUCCCGAUGCGCUCGAAACGCCCAUAUUAGAGCCGCUCGAAUACCCCGAAAUCCUACACCCGAACGACGUCAAUGAAAACGAGACAAUUAAAAAACGCUACAUUGAAGAGAUUAUUCCAUCCGUAUGCCCGCGGAACCGCAUCGAUCGCGGUGUGUCACAGGAAAACUACGGAUCGUCCGCAACAUGCGACGUCAACCUCCUCCAGGCACUCUCGCGCCGUAUCCAUUUCGGCAAGUUUGUGGCCGAGUCGAAGUUCCAAGAAGAAUCCGAAAAGUUUGUGCGAUUGAUAAAAUCUGCGGAUCGGAAGGGUAUUGAUGAAGCGAUUACGAACUCGAAAGUGGAGGAGUUGGUGCUGAAGCGGAUUGAGACGAAAGCGCAGACGUAUGGGAGUGAUCCUGUGUUAGCGGAGUACGGUAACAAGGUUGAUGCUGAGGCUGUUGUGAAGAUGUACAAGGACAUUAUCAUUCCUAUAACCAAGGUUGUUGAGGUUGAAUACCUCAUGCAGCGCCUGGUAGGAACUCAAUGGCAGUAG